AUGGUCGGCAAAUCAAAGCGCGCGAAAAACGUGGUCGACGAGAGGCUACCUCCUCUGAAGAGAGGUCCUAAAAGCACCACGUCCAGUGCUUUACAUCAGAUAAAGUAUGCUGGGCGGCUUGAACAGUGGAUUACUUUCCAAAAGGAAGUUACAGAAGCCGUGAACCAGCAAGAGUGGCACCAACACCCUGGCAUCGUUGGAUACGGCCCAUCCGGGCAGCCAGGUCACCACAACGUCGCCCAUGAGCAAGUCUGCGUUGGGGAUGAAACCGGAGUGCAAGGACGCUUCCAACAGAACGUGGGACAGGCCAUGAGCGCGGUAUUCAGCUCACAGAGCUAUGAUUUGAGGUUUGCAGACUUCAAAUGCUCAGCAAGUUCCUACUCGCGCACCCCGGACAGCAUCAUCAUGGACUCCCAGGGAUCCAUCAAGGCAGUUGGGGAGUUGAAGGCCCCAUGGGUUCCCGAUCAUCAAGUGAACAAACUGAUGACACUCAUAAUGAUGGUAUACUUAAAGAGAGCUAUUGGGCAGCUGGCGCGAUACAUGAAAGAACUCCAUGUAAAAUAUGGGUUCUUCUCGAUCUACGACUGCCACGUGUUCUUCAAGCAAGAGCUUGUCAACGGCAACUGGACACUUUUUUUAUUCAGAAGCUGUCAAAGAUCCGGCCACUGA